AUGGAACAAAUAGGUGGUGGUGAUGCAAGGUGGUCUCUGAAGGGCAUGUCUGCCCUUGUCACGGGCGGUACUCGAGGCAUAGGUCAUGCCAUCGUAGAAGAAUUUGCACGUUUCGGAGCUGUCGUGUAUACAUGUUCUCGUAAUCAAAAAGAGUUAGAUGAAUGUUUAGAAGAAUGGAAGCGCAAGGGCUUUCGAGUAGCAGGUUCCGUGUGUGACUUAUCAGUACGAGCCCAACGAGAUAAGCUGAUAGAGAAUGUUACCAUUUAUUUCGAUGGGAAGAUCAAUAUCUUGGUGAACAAUGCUGGGACAGGUUGUGGAAGCAUUGUGUUUAUUUCUUCUGUGGGUGGACUUAUGGCGGUUCCUUUUGUCUCUUUGUAUGCAGCAUCUAAAGGAGCAAUAAAUCAGGUAACAAAGAACUUGGCAUGCGAAUGGGCAAAGGAUAACAUCCGUGUUAAUGCAGUCGCGCCAUGGAUAAUCGAAACAUCCUUGAUCAAAGCCUUAGCCCCAAGACCUGAUCAGAAGCAAAUUAUGGAAGGCUUAAUCCCUCGAACUCCUCUUGGCCGCCCUGGACAGCCUAGUGAAGUUUCUUCCUUGGUGGCAUUCCUAUGUUUCCCUGCCGCUGCUUAUAUUACUGGACAAGUUAUCUAUGUAGAUGGUGGAGUCACAGAAGCCACAGAAUUCACAGCUGAAGAUUACUCUCUGAUAAUUGUUACAAAUUUUGAGGCUUCUUAUCAUUUGUGUCAACUUGCACACCCAUUUCUCAAGGCAUCAGGUUGUGGAAGCAUUGUGUUUAUUUCUUCUGUGGGUGGACUUAUGGCAGUUCCUGCUGCUGCUUUGUAUGCAGCAUCUAAAGGAGCAAUGAAUCAGGUAACAAAGAACUUGGCAUGCGAAUGGGCAAAGGAUAACAUCCGCGUUAAUGCAGUCGCGCCAUGGAUAAUCGAAACAUCCUUGAUCCAAGCCAUAGCUCCAAGACCUGAUCAGAAGCAACUUAUGGAAGGCUUAAUCGCUCGAACUCCUCUGCACCGCCCUGGACAGCCUAGUGAAGUUUCUUCCUUGGUGGCAUUCCUAUGUUUCCCUGCUGCUUCUUUUAUCACUGGACAAGUUAUCUAUGUAGAUGGUGGAGCCACAGUGAAUGCUUUUCCAUAA